CACGUGGGGACCGCGAUGGCGCUGGGCCGGGCAGGGCUCGCCCUCCCGCUGCUGCUGCCGCGGCGGCCGGCGGGCAGCGGGACAGCGGCGGCGGCGGGGAGCCCGCAGCCCCCCGGGGCCGUGGUGCGCGUCCCCUGGGCCCUGCGGCAGCGCCUGCAGCGGGGCGCGCAGCGCCGGCGGCGCGAGCAGCGGGAGGCGGCGGCGCCGCGUUCCGGGAAGCUGCUGCUGCGGAGCCGGCGGCCGGAGCUGAGCCAGCCCCGCUGGCAGACUGUGGGGCGCUGGGAGCAGCCGCCGCUGGUGUCGGCGGGAUGGAAGCACCGGAAGGCGUACGGGGAUUACUUCCAGCUAGAACCCUCGCAGCAGGCGGCUCCCGCCGUGCAGGCGCUGCCGGCUGAGGGGGGACAGGGCCCGACCUUCGCCGAGCUGGGGCUGCAGCCGGCGCUGCUGGCCGGCCUGGAGCGGCUCUCCAUCGGCCGGCCCACGGCCGUGCAGCGCCUCGCCAUCCCCGCGCUGCGCCGCGGCCGCAGCGCGCUGUGCGCUGCCGAGACGGGCAGCGGGAAGACUCUGGCGUACCUGCUGCCGCUGCUGGAGCGCCUGCUCGGCCGCCCCGAGGCGCCGGCAGCGGAGGCGGCGGCGGGGCCGGCGGCGCCCCGCGGGCUGGUGGUGCUGCCGUCGCGGGAGCUGGCGGCGCAGGUGGGCGCGGUGGCGGCGGCGCUGUGCGCGCCCGCGGGGCUGGCGGUGCGCGGCCUCACGGGCGGCGGGGCCGCGGGCGGGCUGCGGAGGCAGCUGCGGGCGCCGCCGCCGGGCCCCGCCGUGCUGCUGGGCACCCCCGGCGCGCUGCGGGAGGCGCUGCGGCGGCGCUUCCUGGCCCUGGAGAGGCUGCGCUGGAUGGUGCUGGACGAGGCGGACUCGCUGAUGGACGAGUCCUUCACGGAGUUGCUGGAGGAGAUCCUGGCACACGCGCCCCUGGCCGCCGGCGCUCCCGGGCCGGCCGGGCCCGACGAGGAGAGGACGCAGGUGGUCGUGGUCGGAGCCACCUUCCCCGCGGGGCUCAGCGAGACGCUGGCGAAGUUCACUGACGUGGGCCGGUUUGUCACCCUCAGCACCCAGAGCCUGCACCGCCUGCCGCCUCACGUCCAGCAGAAGUUUGUCCGCCUCAAAGGCCGGGACAAGCUGCCCGAAUUGCUGCAGCUGCUCAAGGAGCGCCCAUCAUCAGGCGGGGCUGUUCUCAUCUUCUGCAACAGUGCCAGCACCGUCAACUGGCUGGGCUAUAUCCUGGACGACCACAGAAUCAAGCACCUGAGGCUGCAGGGGCAGAUGUCGGCGGCUGCUAGAGCCGGCAUCUUCGCCUCUUUCCAGAAAGGUGAUGUGUCUGUCCUUGUCUGCACUGACCUUGCCUCCCGGGGGCUGGACACCAGCAGUGUGCAGCUGGUGGUCAACUAUGACUUCCCGGACACCCUGCAGGACUACCUGCACCGUGCCGGGAGAGUCGGCCGGGUCGGGAGCAAGGCACCCGGAGCUGUGGUUAGUUUUGUCACCCAUCGGUGGGACGUGGACCUGGUACGGAAAAUAGAGACUGCAGCCCGGAAAAGGACGGGUCUCCCAGGAAUGGACUCUAUUAAUAAACCUUCUCCUAAUGCAGGUUGAUUCAGGUUGCCCGGCAUUCCCUGGUAGGGGCUUCCCUUGAGGCCGUUAAGGCAGAGUGGAUGAGCUGCUUUGUGUAAGGCAGAUUGAAAGAAUAGAGCUGAGUUUCAGAACCAGGUGAUCAGGUUAACUUUGUGCACUG